AUGGGCGGGCGGGGGAGAGAGGGGACGACCUCAUUGUCCCCCGGGGAGCACAAUGCCCAUGCCUGGGCCCCUGGCCUCGCCAUUGUGCCCGCGCCGCCCCCUCCCCGUUGCCAGGGCCCAGCUGAAAGAGGCCAUCGAUCACGGCGGCCCUGCUCCUCAGACUGCAAGGCCCUCCUCCCCCCUCCUCCCUUGCUGCCCCCAGGUCCCCCCAAACUAAAGUCCUGCCUCCUCACCCCUCGCCCAGGCCGAGAGGGGCUCAAAACUGAGGGGAGGUGUUGGGCCCCAGGAGGCCGCCGCGUCCAGGCCUCGUUGGCUGUCCCUGCGGGUCGCACUGCAGGCUCUGAGCUGGCCUUCUUGCGGGAGCUGGGGGAUGUGGUGGCCACACGGGAGCGCCCACUGGUGCUGCCGUGCCGGGUGGAGGGUGAGCUGCCCGUGUCCAUUUCCUGGCAGCGGGAUGGGCUGGUCCUGGCCAACGACAGCAGUGCCACCCUGAUGCCCGACGGCUCCCUGCAUCUGGCCACCCCGCCCUCCCACUGGAGCCUCCCCUCCCGCGCCCACAAGUACCACUGCGUGGCCCAGAACCGCUUUGGGCGCCUGGUGAGCCGGCGGGCCUGGGUGCAGCUGGCAAGUAAGUGACUGGGCUGCUCCUGUGUGGGCAGGGGAGACGAGAAUGUGCAGGGGUACCCACAGACGGCACCCGCGGGGCACAGAAUUGCCCGGGGUGGGCCUGGGCAAUGCCUCCUUGGCCGUUAGACG